AUAGAUAAAUCAAUAUAUGUGUGUUGUAUAUCAAUAAAUAAAUAAAUAAAUAUAAAUAUAAAAAUCCCCAAAAAACUCGACUAUAAGUUAUCAGGGGUCAGUUUAGUUCAACAUCCAUCAGUUGCAUUGUGUCUUUCAAAACAAACACAUACCCUUUUUCUAUCCCAUCUCUCACAGAAAGAUCAGGGUUUUAAUGGCACGCAAGAAGAUCAGAGAGUAUGAUUCAAAGAGAUUGGUUAAGCAGCAUUUCAAGAGGAUUUCUGGUUAUGAAUUGCCCAUCAAAUCUGCUCAGGUUACAGAGUCGACUGACUUCAAUGAGCUGGUAGAGAGGGAACCAUGGCUAUCUUCAUCCAAGCUGGUUGUGAAACCCGACAUGUUGUUUGGAAAGCGUGGCAAAAGUGGACUUGUUGCCUUAAAUCUUGAUUUGGCUCAAGUUGCUGAAUUUGUAAAGGAACGACUUGGCAAAGAGGUUGUGAUGGGAGAAUGCAAAGGCCCCAUUACAACAUUCAUUGUGGAACCAUUUGUUCCACACAACGAAGAGUAUUAUAUCAAUAUUGUUUCAGAGCGGUUAGGUUGUAGCAUAAGUUUUUCAGAAUGUGGAGGUAUCGAUAUUGAAGAGAACUGGGAAAAGGUGAAAACAAUCUUUUUACCCACAGGAGUGUCUUUAAGUCAAGAAAUUUGUGCUCCACUUGUUGCUACCCUCCCAUUGGAGUUCAAAUCUGUCAUCGAGGAAUUCAUCAUGCACAUAUAUUCCCUAUUUAUAGAUCUCGACUUCACCUUCCUAGAAAUGAAUCCUUUCACCCUGGUAAAUGGGAAGCCUUAUCCCCUUGAUAUGAGAGGCGAGCUUGAUGACACUGCAGCUUUCAAGAACUUUAAGAAGUGGGGCAAUAUCGAGUUCCCAAUGCCGUUUGGAAGAGUGAUGAGUCCUACUGAAAAGUUUAUUCACGGACUCGAUGAAAAGACUAGUGCAUCUUUAAAAUUUACUGUUCUAAACCCAAAAGGACGUAUUUGGACCAUGGUUGCUGGUGGUGGUGCGAGCGUCAUCUAUGCAGACACCGUUGGAGAUCUGGGCUAUGCUUCAGAGCUUGGAAACUAUGCAGAAUACAGCGGUGCACCUAAUGAAGAGGAAGUUCUGCAAUAUGCUCGAGUUGUCAUUGAUUGCGCAACUGCUGAUCCUGAUGGCCAAAGGAGGGCACUUGUAGUUGGUGGAGGAAUUGCCAACUUCACUGAUGUUGCAGCCACCUUCAAUGGCAUUAUUCGUGCGAUGAAGGAAAAGGAAUCCAAGCUCAAAGCAGCAAACAUGCACAUCUAUGUGCGACGAGGAGGUCCAAAUUACCAAAGAGGACUUGCAAAAAUGCGUGCGCUCGGAGCUGAACUUGGCAUCCCUAUUGAGGUAUAUGGGCCGGAGGCAACAAUGACAGGAAUAUGCAAACAAGCAAUAGACUGCAUCACAAUUGCUGCUUAAAUUUGAUCGAUAGGUCCAUAUUAUAGAACGCGCAAGGCUGAUGAUGUUAUUUUUUUGUGAUGUUAUUUCAAUUCAAACAUUAAUAAGUAUGUUCAAGAAAAUAAAUUUUAAAAGUGCUGAAAUAAGUAGAAUCCCUUUGUUGUGCAUAAUUGAUUUCCAAAUUUUGAUGAUAUUGUAAAAGAAUAUAUUAAAAUAACUAAAUUUAACUUUUCAAUAAUUUUAUGUAA